GCUCGCAGUCGCACGUACAAACAACCGCUGAAGCAAAGCAUCUGUCCAAUUCAAAACGUUGAGAGAGAGAGAGAGAGAGAAGAGAGAGAAGGCAAUGAAGCUUAGCAGAAGAGUCCAAUUCGAAAUCCGCUGAGACUCUGAACCGCCAUGGACGACUACACGAGGGAGAUGAUGGACCUCAAAACCCUAGUCACUCGCACUCUCGAGAAGAAGGGCGUCCUCGCCAAGAUCCGGGCUGAGCUGAGAGCAAGUGUGUUUGAGGCAAUCGAAGAGGAAGAUCGUGUUAUUGAGAAGGAAGAAGGUUUGCCUCCUGCAUUACUUGGGAGCUGUAACGAUCGUGCCAAACAACUUCACGCUUCUCCUUCAGGAAGACUGCUUACUGCAUUAAUAUGUGAAUACCUAGAGUGGGCGCAACUAAACCACACAAUGAAAGUUUAUCUGCCAGAGUGUAAUUUGCAAAAAGAUUUUUGGAAAACUGAGUUGAAAGAAUUUAGUAGCAAGAACGGGUAUGAUCUUAACAGAAAUGGAGAUAGCGGUCCUUUGCUUUUGGACGUGCUUGAAGGGUUCUUGAAGUUCGAGAAUUUAUCCCAAGCAAGGGGUACUGGAAGGAGGUUAACCACUUCAGAAACAGAGUCCUUAUCGAAUCUAGAGUCUCGUAACACUCGAAGGCCAUCAUCAUCUGUUGCUGGUGGCCUCCCUCCUCUGGGAAGGCCUCUUCCUGCUUCCCAGUCAUCUGAUAGGAGAGGUGGAUCCUCGAUGUCCGGCUACAGGAAAGAUGAGUAUAAUUGGAGAUAUGACACUGAUGAAAUUCCGGAGGAUGUAAUCCGAGCUUCAGCUGCCAUGGAAAACCUUCAGCUGGAUAGAAAAGCUCGAAAUCUAACUACAUCUUGGCGGCAUGCAGGGGAUGGACUCGGUGAGGAUGAUGGGCAGGUCUGACCAUAUGUAGCUGAGUGAUUACAUUACAUGCUUUGCAUUACUAGUGUAUUUUAUCCUGUAUUUUAACUCUUCACCAUUAAUUCUCAUCAAAUGAGUAGUGAUGUUAUGUAAUAUGUAUUAUGACGUGAUUUUAGUGCUUUUGUCUGAGUGCCUUAGUUCAUUUUUUGCCAAUUUGAGA